AUGAGCCUCAAGCUCAAGCUGAACGUUAAUACAGGAGUAGCUAAGGCGUCUUCGCCCAGCACUCCUGCUACAGCUACUCCGGGAGGAUCCAGACCUAUGCCCAAGUUAAAGCUCACAAAUAAAUCAAAUCCACCUACGCCAACACCCGGUGACGAGGCUGCUCCCAAACCAGUUGCAAAGAAGUCGGUCAAAGUACCGAAGCCGAAAGCAAAACCAUCUCAAAGUCGAAAGCGGAUUAAACACGAGAGUGAUGAUGAAGAUGGUGGAUCAACUAUAGCUGUCCAGCCGCCUCCAAAGAAGGUGAAGCUCCACCUAACCAGCAGUCAGAAGACACCCGUUGCACCCACACCAGUUCUAUUGAAACCGAAAAUUAAGGGCAAACCGCCAAAAAGACCACUUGGGGAAGGUUACGACUCAGAAGCCAGCGACCGCGAGAUCGACCCGACGAUCGAGGAGGAGUUCGUGUUGCGGAUGUUUCCCGGCGAGGAUUGCGAUUACUUGCGGCAGGCUAUCAGUGAGAAGAGGAUCGGUAUACCUGUUAGCCAAGGGGGUCCGAAUAUACAAAUGAAGUUCUUCCAUGGCGACGGACGUCGAGCGGCGGUCACAAUCCGGGGGCAUCCAUAUGCAGCAACGCUUGUUGAUCUGCCUUGCAUUGUCGAGGGCAUGAAGAGUUGGGACAAGCGAGGUUGGUGGAAAACGGCGGAUAUCUGUCAGAUGUUGUGGGUAUUCGCCCCGAUCAAGAAGGAAGAGGAGGCGAAGACGAUUCCCUUACCCAAAAUAGUCGACCCGGAAACUUUUCAGUAUCCCCAUGGUCUUACAGCCCCAAUGCAUUAUGCGCGAAAACGGCGGUUUAGGAAGCGGAUCUGUAGAACUGCGAUUGAAGCUGUGGAGGAAGCUGUUGAAAAACUCCUCGAAGCAGACCAAAACGCGCAAGAAUCGAAAUGGGAAAUGAUUGAUCCUGACGCAGAUAGCCGGAGGGAUAGUCAACCAUAUGGCGAAGAUGAAUAUUCCGAGGAUGAAGAUGCCGAGGGAGAGGUCGACGACACGGGGUACUUCAACGAUGUCCAGCCCACCGCUACAGGCAUCGAGGUUGGGGACUUAGAUGCAGAUUUGGAGGCGGAUCUGGAGGCAGCAAUGGAGGCCGAGGAAUUAGAAGCCGCUACACCAAUGUCUACUAUUGGAGCAACUCCAUACAUGGCAAGUGCCGAAACCCCUGCCGUUGUCGAUGAAGGAGAAGACACCGGUGAUGAAUCUAUAGAAGGAGAGGAUGAUGAUGAUGACGAGGAUGAGGAUGGAGAACUUGAUGAGGACGAAAAAGCACGGUUGGCUCAAAUUCAAGGGACGAAAGAAGACAUCGCAGAUCUGGCGAAGCAAAUUGAGAGCGUGCAAGCCCAAUUAGCAACACAAGCAAAUCCAAUUCUCAGAAAGAGAUUGGAAGAGAAUGCUAGAAAAUUGAAGGCGGAGCUACAGCUGAAAAAGUCAUCGAUCGGGGAAGGAGAAAAUGAUUAG